AUGCUCGACAAGAACGUGGAGGCGCUGAAGAACAUGAACGCCCAGACGGCCAAGUGCGCCAAGUGGCGCGCGAGAGUUCUCGACCCGAAGGUCAUUGAUUACACGUGCGUUUUGGUGUCCAACGCGCCCGCGCAGCACAUGCUCGGCGCGGCGCCCUUCAGUUUCAAGAAUCGGACUGCGGCAGUGGAAGCCUUCAGAAAAUUCGCGGCGGACUCCGCGCGGGAGCUCCGGACCCCGAGCUUCGACGCCAGAGCCAAGUCGGACUUCGUCGGCGGCCCGUUGAAGUCGGCGGUCUUGCUUUGCAGCCCAUCCACACUGACCCGAGUCGCGCCCGCCAGCGCGGAAGCGUUGGCGCAUCCCGCUAAGGGGCUGCAGAUCGCAGUGGACAUCGAAGGCAUCGUGGAGCUCCUCAAGGUCGCUAACAACGUCAACCUCUUAACCGUGGCCGGGGCGGAGUUCGCGGACGCUGGCGGCGGGAAGAUCGCGGUGGCCGCGUGGCCAAAGGCGCGCGAGUACUUCGCCAACGUGCGCCCGGGGUCUGGCGUCGCCGUGCACGGAUGCAGCGCCGCGCUUGAGAACGGCGAGGUGAAGAUCAACAUCUGGCCGGGGGCUCACAUCAGCACCGUUGGCGAUCAGGCUCAGUCUUUGACAAGCUUGGACGCCGCCGGUCUGUCGGCCGAGGUGCUCGCCGCUCAGUGGGCGCCGUCUUCCGGCGGCGGUUUAACGAAUGUCAUGGAGGCCGCGGCGCGCUCCACGCGCGCUGCGGCGUCGGCCGACGCGAUUGCCCACCCCCAGCCCAUCGCGUUUCAGAUCAACCGCUGCCUCCUGGACGCGCCGCUACAGAGGGGCACGAUGUGCGCGCGGGACGGCCGCCUCUUCCUCCGGAAUUGCCGUCUUCGGGAUGCCGCAGGGGGGGUGGGCGUAGACGUGGUCACCGAUACCGCCCCGACACUCUACGAUUGCUCGACUCCUGGCGAGGCGACGGCCCAGCUUGACGCCCAGUCCUUGACAGGCGCCAAGUACCGGUUCAACAUUCGGGGCGUUCUCCGCCAGGAGAACGGGGUGGCCAAGCGAUGCAUCAUGGAGGUGGCCAUCGCGCCUCUGGACACAGUGGUUUCCACGAGUGCCUUGCGCAUGUGCUGCGGCCUCUCCGCGGUGUCUGGCGACGUCGCUCUGCCGGCGCCUGUGAGUCGCAUCGUCGAGGAUCCGCUCCAAGGUUUGGCAGUCUGCCGCGACGGUGCCAACGACGUCGGCGCAAACCCGGCGCGGCUGCUGGUGCGCGGCCAAGGCGAAACCAAAAUGGAGUCCCUCGACGAUGCGAAGGCGCUCGCAGAUCAGGUUUUCAAGGUGUCCUGGACAGAGACCUUGCGUCUACUGACCGACCCGACGGAGGGCGCAAAUGGUAAGAUCAAUUUGGUUGAGCACUGCAUUGCCAGCGCGGCCGACGGGCCGUGCCGAACAGCCACGAUCGAGCACGUCGUCAAGCUCUCGAAAGAUGAAGUCCUGGCGCUGCAGACGAGCACGGCAGCGGAGUGGAAG